GAAAGUUUCUCUCUAAAAAGAACAGAAUUUAAACCCUUUGUACGUGUGUGUGUGUGUGCUUUGGACAGUGCUUCUUCUUUGUGUGCACGCACGACACAGUUCUGUUGUAGGGAAUCCAUUGAAGUAAAAAAUAAUAAUGAGCAACGAUGACGACGGACCCCCACCGGCGCGUAGCGCCCACAGAAAGCCCGCCCGGCGAAAUCAUUCCAUGAGGUCUGAAGGCUGCUCUCUACCUUCACUCAAACGGCAUCAACCUAUUGAUCCUCGUUUUGAUCAAAUGUUUGGUAGGGCCGACCUCCGUCAGUUUGAAAACAAUUACAAAUUUCUUCAUGAACAGUUCGAAGAGGAAGAGGCCCGUCGGCAGCAUCGUAUUCGCUGUCUUAAGUGUAUUCUCCGGCGUAUUGCCUUGGAGGAUGCCGGAGAGAAUCUCGCGGAAUAUGAUUUGUCCGACGAUGAGCGUGAGAUCUUUGGUGAGGAUCACCUGCAAGAGCUAACCCUCCUCAAGCUGACACCACCAGAACGCAUUCAUGCAGAACUUGAUAAGUUAAAGCGAGAAUCGCAACUAUACAAAUCUAAGACAAAAGGCAACGCAGCCGCAUCGAGGAAAGCACAGGUAAAGAAGGAAAUGAUGUCUAAGGAGGUGCGGGCAGUGAAGGCAAAUGAGAAAGCAAGGCCUUACUUUCCGAAACGCAGCGUCAUUAAAAAGGCCGUAUACGCUGAUAGAUUCGAAAGUUUAGAACAAAAGGGCGGUAAGCAUGCGGUGGAACGUUACUUAGCACGCAAAAGUAAGCGACAACGCUAAAAUGAUGUGUCUGACAGAGCGCAGUUGCUACGAGAGCUUCCUUCCUUUCGUGCGUAAGAUACUCGAAGAGCCGUGGAUAAUGUCGCUUGGCAGUAUAGUGUUUCCACCCUCCUUAGCCUAGGUAAUGACAGGAGCCGUUGACAGGGACUUCCUUUUUAGUACACUCACAAGCAGUAGAGAGAAAUAUACUGGUACUGUUGCUGAUAUUCAGUGUUUUGCCGCUUGCGAAUAAAAGGUCAAGUUUAA